AUGGAGAAUAUCAAAUGGGGAAACAAAACAACCAUCGCAGAAUUCAUUCUUUUGGGAUUUGGAAAUCUUCCAGCACUUCAAACACCUUUAUUUCUGUUAUUUCUGUUUGUCUACAUCAUGACUGUUGCUGGAAAUCUUACCAUAGUCUUGUUAAUUGCAACUGACAGACAUCGUCAAACUCCCAUGUACUUCUUCUUGGGGAACCUGUCCUGUCUGGAGACAUCCUACAGUUCAACGAUCCUGCCUAGAAUGCUAGCCAGUGUCUUCAGUAGAGACAAUGCAGUGACAUUCAAUGGCUGCCUCAUACAACUAUAUUGUUUUGGCUACCUGGCAACUGUAGAAUGUUAUUUGUUGGCUGUGAUGGCCUAUGACCGAUACCUAGCCAUAUGCAAACCAUUGCACUAUGGAACAUUUAUGAAUGUCAAAACUACCAUCCGACUGGCAGCAGGGGCAUGGAUAUCUCCCGUCAUUGUCCUGGCUGUAGUCAUACAAUUACUGUCAGGGUUGCAUUUUUGUGGCCCCAAUGAAAUAGAUCACUUCUUCUGCGAUCUCAGCCCAGUGAUCCAGCUCUCUUGUACAGACAUUGAAUGGACUACACUCACUAUCUUCAUAAUGUCCUCAAUAGACACCUUCCCCCCAUUUCUACUCACUUUGACAUCUUAUAUUUUUAUCAUUAUCACCAUUGGGAGAAUUCCCUCCACAAAGGGCAGACAAAAAGCAUUUUCUACCUGCUCCUCUUAUCUUACCAUAGUGACAAUUUUUUACGGGACCCUAAUUAUGGUGUAUGUGUUACCCAAAACUGACACCCAGAGAGAACUAAACAAAAUAUUCUCUGUUUUUUAUACAGUACUGACUCCCCUUGCAAAUCCCAUCAUAUACAGCUUGAGAAAUAAAGAAGUGAAAGAGUCUCUGAAAACAGCGAUUGGCAAAAUAAAUACAUUUACAAGAAAUUAUUAUAAUCUUUAA